AGUUUGACAUUUUCAUUGAUAGUUAAAUCUAGUUACUUCAUGAGACGCUGUAAUGAGGGUGGCGCAGGUUGUGGCUCUGGUGAUGGUUGUAGUUGUGGUGAAGAUGGAGUCAAUUUUACUGCGAUUAAUUAG